GAAGGCUGUGCUGCAGUCGCAUAUCUCGAGAGCGCAGGUGCUCGCGUGAUUCGCUCUUCGGUGGAUGCCACGGAGGUGAACGACCUCACCAAAAUCCAAACGCUCCCGAUCAGCGGACGAGACGUUGUUGUCAUUGAAAAAUUCAAAAAUAAAGAGACAUCAAAAUCAAAUUCCAAUUUUGUCCUCGACUACGUCGUUUUCAAUUUCCCGCACACGGGGACCAACCAGACAGCGGGUGGGAUCGCUCAGUUGCGAAGGUCAAUUGCCGACAACCGCGCCCUCCUCCGGGGCCUCUUUUCCGCGCUGCGACACAUCAUCACGCGUCACACCAAGGUCC